AUGUCAGGCGUGUCGUCUAGAAAAUUUACCAUCGAGGUCGCAAACGAAGAUGAGCCCAUCUCGCGCGCGACCCGACGCGUCGUGAUCAAUGUGGACAUCAUGAAGCAGGCCAAGCUUUACGCUGGAGACGAAAUCGCCAUAGCUUCCCCAAAUUCCACGAAAGCGAUCGCGGUGGGCGUUGCAUGGCCCUCUUCCGACAUCUCUCAGGACCGCAUACUCGUCAGCCCACCACUGCUUCUGACUGCGAGGGUGUCGCAGGGGUCCACGGUCAACAUAUUCCCGCUCGGUUCUUCCAAGAUUCCCCGCGGAGUUCCGUCUCUCCGGAACGCCGUCGUGGCCCACAUUGUCCGUAUCAAUGAGUCCCUCGCAGGGUCCGACGCGGUGAUCCCCGACGUGGUGAAGGGGAAGCGGCGAGACUGGCUGAUGUUGGCAGUCAAGGAAGCGUUGGUGGAAUUUGGGCUCAUCACGAUCACCCAGACGUUCGACCUAGCGUAUGAGGGAAAGACGAGGCGGAUAUCUCUGACGUCCGUAUCGGCGGUGGGAGAAGCGGCGGAUACGACGACCCUCGACGAACAGCUGGGAUCACUAUCCUUAAAGGACGCUCCUGCGAAACUCUGGUCCGUCACCUGGGACACGACCAUCGUGCUUGACGUGGAGGAUCCGAAAGAGAAGCCCGAGAGCACUCCAGAAGAUUCCGGUACGGCGGUCCAGCGCGGGGUCGCCCCUGACGCGUACGCUGCCGUUGGCGGACUCGACAAGCAGAUCGCACAGAUCCGAGACCUGAUUGAGAUCCCGCUCACCCGCCCCGAGCUCUUCCGCCGAUUCGGCCUGAAGCCCCCGCGGGGAAUCCUUCUGCACGGCCCCCCGGGGACGGGCAAGACGCACCUCGCGCGCGCGAUCGCGGCGUCCACCGGCGCCGCGGUGCUCACCGUGAACGGCCCCGAACUCUCGUCCGCGUACCACGGCGAGACCGAGGCGCGGCUCCGGGACGUGUUCGCAGAGGCGCGCGGGCACGCGGCGUGCAUCGUCGUGCUCGACGAGGUCGACGCGCUGUGCCCGCGGCGCGAGGACGGCGCGGGCGGGGAGGUCGAGAAGCGGGUCGUCGCGCAGCUGCUCACGCUCAUGGACGGCAUGGACGCCGGGGAGAGCGGAGAUGGGAAGGGCAAGGUCGUGGUCGUCGCGACGACGAACCGGCCGAACGCGAUAGACCCCGCGUUGAGGAGGCCGGGGAGGUUCGACAGGGAGAUUGAGAUCGGCGUCCCCGACGCGGAGGCGCGCUUCGCGAUCCUCAAGGUCCUCCUCGCCAAGGCGCCCCACACCCUUUCGGACGACGACCUCCGCGCAGUCGCCGCCCCCGGGCACGGCUACGUCGGCGCCGACCUCUCUGCCGUCGUCCGCGAGGCGGGCACCCUCGCGAUCAAGCGCUGGCUCGCCGCCUCUCCCGGCUCCCCUUCCCAGCCGGUGCUGGAGCUCGCGGACCUACGCGCGGCGCUCCCCGCGGUGCGGCCCUCGGCGCUCCGCGCGCUCGUGCUCGACUCUGCCCCGGUGCGGUACGCGGACAUUGGCGGGCAGGCGGCGGCGGUCGCGCGCCUGCGCGAGUGCGUCGAGUGGCCGCUGCGGCACCCGGAGGCGUUCGCGCGCCUCGGGGUGGGGGCGCCGCGCGGCGUGCUGCUGUACGGUCCGCCGGGGUGCAGUAAGACGUUGCUUGUGCGGGCGUGUGCGACGGAGAGCGGGGUGAACUUCUUGGCGGUCAAGGGGCCCGAGCUUCUGAAUAAGUACGUGGGUGAGAGCGAGAGGGCGGUCAGGGAGAUAUUUGGCAAGGCAAGAGCUGCGGCGCCUGCGAUCAUAUUCUUCGACGAAAUCGACGCACUGGCAACAUCGCGGUCAGACUCAGGUGGGGGUGCGCACGAGGGCGUGCUUACAAGCCUACUUACUGAGAUGGACGGCGUCGAGGCGCUGAACGGGGUCACCGUCGUGGCCGCUACGAACCGCCCGGAUGUGAUUGACUCUGCGCUCAUGCGUCCCGGACGGCUGGACCGGAUACUGUAUGUCGGCCCGCCGGACCUCGAGGGACGCAAGGAGAUCCUCCAAAUCCGCACUCGCACAAUGAGCAUCGAACCUGGCGAAUACCUGAGCGAUAUCGCAGCGUUGACGGAAGGAUGCUCGGGUGCGGAGAUAACGGCGUUGUGCCAGGAGGCUGCGCUUCUGGCGAUGAAAGCGGACAUCGACACACCCUUCGUUCCCCGCGGGGCGUUCAUGGAGGCGGCGAAACAUAUCAAGAAGCAGAUAACUCCUGAGGUGGUGGCAACGUACACAGCGUGGAGAGACAAGAAUGGUCUAGUAGAUGCAUGA